AUGACCUCCUGGAGGCCCGAAGGGAUGGCUGCUGACAUGCAGAGGAAGAGGAGCCGUGAGGGCGCCGGCGGCACAUUGGCUCCUGCGGAUGGGCAGAGUGUGGAGAGGGCCGAGAGCCCCACCCCAGGGCUGGCCCAGGGCAAGGAGCCAGGUGCCGGGCAGGAGGGUGCCAUGUUCGUCCACGCCCGCUCCUACGAGGACCUGACGGAACCGGAGGAUGGGGCAGCUGCUGGGGAGAGUCCGGAGGAGGGAGCCGGGGGGCCGCCCCCGCUGCCCGCGGACAUGCGCCAGAUCAGACAGGACUUCAGCGAGCUGAGCACCCAGCUGACGGGCGUGGCCCGGGACCUGCAGGAGGAGAUGCUGCCAGGGAGCUCCGAGGACUGGGCGGAGCCCCCGGGGGCCUCGGGGAGACCGGCCACAGAGCCCCCCCGGGAGGGCACGGGAGAGGGGGACGAGGAGGAGGCCGCGGAGGCCUGGCGGCUGCACCAGAAGCACGUGUUCGUGCUGAGCGAGGCGGGGAAGCCCGUGUACUCCCGCUACGGGUCCGAGGAGGCCCUGUCCAGCACCAUGGGGGUCAUGGUGGCCCUGGUGUCCUUCCUGGAGGCCGACAAGAACGCCAUUCGCUCCAUCCACGCGGACGGCUACAAAGUGGUGUUCGUGCGGCGGAGCCCGCUGGUGCUGGUGGCCGUGGCGCGCACGCGGCAGUCGGCGCAGGAGCUGACGCAGGAGCUGCUGUACAUCUACUACCAGAUCCUGAGCCUGCUCACGGGCGCGCAGCUGAGCCACAUCUUCCAGCAGAAGCAGAACUACGACCUGCGGCGCCUGCUGUCGGGCUCGGAGCGCAUCACCGACAACCUGCUGCAGCUCAUGGCGCGGGACCCCAGCUUCCUGCUGGGCGCGGCGCGCUGCCUGCCGCUGGCGGCCGCCGUGCGGGACGCGGUGAGCGCGGGGCUGCAGCAGGCGCGCGCGCGCAGCCUGGUCUUCUCCAUCCUGCUGGCGCGCAGCCAGCUGGUGGCGCUGGUGCGGCGCCGCGACCAGGUGCUGCACCCCAUCGACCUGCACCUGCUCUGCAACCUCAUCAGCUCCUCCUCGUCCUUCCGCGAGGGCGAGGCCUGGACGCCCGUGUGCCUGCCCAAGUUCAACGCGGCCGGCUUCUUCCACGCGCACAUCUCCUACCUGGAGCCCGACGCCGACCUGUGCCUGCUGCUCGUCUCCACCGACCGCGAGGACUUCUUCGCCGUGUCCGACUGCCGCCGCCGCUUCCGCGAGCGCCUGCGCCGACGCGGGGCCCACGCGGCGCUGCGGGAGGCGCUGCGCUCGCCCGGCUACAGCGUCGCCCAGGUGGGCAUCCCCGACCUGCGCCACUUCCUCUACAAGUCCAAGAGCUCGGGGCUCUUCACCAGCCCUGAAAUGGAGGCCCCGUACGCCAGCGAGGAGCAGCAGGAGCGGCUGCUGGGCCUCUACCAGUACCUGCACAGCCGCGCCCACAACGCCUCCCGCCCCCUCAAGACCAUCUACUACACCGGCCCCCACGAGAACCUCCUGGCCUGGGUGACAAAUGCCUUCGAGCUCUACAUGUGCUGCAGCCCCCUGGGGACCAAGGCGUCCGCCGUGGACGCCAUCCACAAGCUGAUGCGCUGGAUCCGCAAGGAAGAAGACCGCCUCUUCAUCCUGACGCCCCUCACCUACUGA